CGCCAUCGCCGAAAAAUAUCAGCUUUCCACGAAGGAUUCAUUCACCUGCAAAGGUACAGCCGCUCGUCGGUCCUUCUGUCAGUUGGUUCGCUCGUUCCCGCGCGCGCAUCCUCCCGUAACGCUGUCUCCGCCGCGCGACUGCGCGAGCGCGUCCGGCGGCGGCGGAGGCUGGGCUGUGGUGCGGACAGGAAGUAGCAGCAGCAUGCCAGCAUGUCGCUAGAUAUCCUCUCCGGCAAGUUCGUGUUCUCUUCGUGCGCCGCCGCAAAGCCUCCGAGCAAGAAAAUGGUCACGUUUCUCGCUGCCGGUGCUUCGCCGUCGACGCCGUCGAGGUCAACGUCAUCCAAUGCCCCAUCUCUUCGGCCGCGGCGCGUACGGACCGUGCCGUCGAGCCCCACCAAGCAGGCCCCCCGACCUGCCGUCAGCAGCACCAGCGGCACCGCGAAGAGGCGGGUGCGGAGGAGGAAGGUCGAGGAAGAAGAGAAAGGCUUAGGAGGAGGUGGAGGAGGGGGCGAAUGCGUGCCGUCGAUGGAGGAGGCGCCCAUCAGCGUGGCGACGCUGUACCAGAACGGCGACCCGCUGGGGCGGAACGAGCUCGGCCGGUGCGUGGUGGAGUGGCUCAGGCAGGGCAUGCGGUCCAUGGCGUCCAAGCUCGCCGCGGCCGAAAUGGCAGGCGACCUCGUUCCCACGGCAUUGGCUCUGGAGUGGGGGUCGGCGGAAGGCAGGCUUGCGUUCGUCAUCCAGGCGCAGCCUUACCUCUCGGCCGCCCCCAUGCCCCAGGGUCUGGAGGCGCUCUGCCUCAAGGCCUGCACGCACUACCCCACCCUGUUCGACCAUUUCCAACGCGAGCUCUGUGAUGUUCUGUUGAGUUACCAGCACCAGGGGCUCAUCUCGGACUUGCGAGCCACACAGUCAUGGAGGGUUUUGGAAGAAAUGGCCAAUUCUUCAGAGCACCAGGCUGCCGUGCGAACGACAUCUCCACGGCGGCCUAAGGCCGUGCACAGCAGCAUUGGUAUAAGCCUUAAAAAGGUGAGGCUGAUGCAGACCAGCAUUGAGGAAUUUGUUAGGCAUAUGUCAGAUCUUCUUAGGAUUGAGCGGGAUGUGGAGCUGGAGUUUACACAGUUAGAACUGAAUGCUGUUCCAAUGCUAGAUGAUGAUUCCAAGCCACCCAAGCCUGUCGAGUACCUGGUGAGCCAUGGGCAGGCUCAGCAGGAGCAAUGCGACACCAUUUGCAACUUGAAUGUGAUCAGCAGCUCCACUGGGUUGGGAGGUCUGCAUUUGGUUUUAUUCAGAGUUGAAGGUGGGCAUAAGCUGCCUCCAACUACAUUGUCUCCUGGAGACAUGGUUUGUGUGAGAACAUGUAACAGCCGUGGCGAGGGCGCCACUUCUUGCAAGCAAGGCUUUGUUUAUAAUCUUGGGGAAGAUGGUUGCAGCAUUACUGUAGCUCUGGAAUCACGCCAUGGUGAUGCUACCUUCUCUAGGCUAUUUGGUAAAAGUGUGCGAAUUGACCGAAUUCAGGGAUUGGCUGAUUCUCUUAGAUAUAAGAGGAACCUUGAAGCGUUAAUGCUUCUUGAAAGGAAUGGUUUACAGGAAGACAAUGUUUCCAUUGCCGUUGUGGCAACAUUAUUUGGGGACAGUAAAGACGUGGUGAAGAUGGCGAAGAAUAACCUGACUGACUGGGAUGAAUCAAGUGGACCUGAUCUGAAUCUAUCAGAGAGGUAUGCUUAUGAUGCCUCCCAGUUACGGGCUCUGAAAUUAGGCUUGAACAAAAAGAGGCCCGUUCUAAUAAUCCAAGGGCCUCCUGGCACUGGAAAGACAGUCUUGCUCACUGAGCUGAUUGUGCGUGCUGUCAAGCAGGGCGAGCGUGUACUUGUGACAGCUCCAAGCAAUGCGGCAGUCGAUAAAAUGGUUGAAAGUUUGUCGAGAACCGGAUUGAACAUUGUGCGAGUUGGGAACCCUGUUCGACUAUCACCCUUUGUUGCCUCAAAGUCCUUGGGAGAGAUUGUGAAUUGCAGACUUCGACAGUUCAGGAAGGAGCUUGAGAGAAAGAGAACAGAUUUAAGAAAGGACCUGAGGCAGUGCAUAGAAGACGAUUCUUUAGCUGCUGGCAUUCGCCAACUACUGAAGCAACUCGGAAAGGAUCUAGAAAAUAAAGAAAAGGAAACAAUCAGAGAAGUGCUCUCUGAUGCACAGGUUGUGCUAUCGACUAAUACAGGGGCAGCUGAUCCACUCGUCAGGAGAACUGGUUCCUUUGAUUUAGUAAUUAUAGAUGAAGCUGGGCAAGCGAUUGAACCAGCCUGCUGGAUACCUAUAUUGCAGGGGAAACGCUGUAUUCUUGCCGGUGACCACUGCCAGCUUGCACCCGUUGUACUAUCGAGGAAGGCCUUGGACGGUGGGCUUGGCAAAUCUUUAUUGGAAACAGCCUCGUCAUUGCAUGAUGGAUUACUUACUACAAGACUUACUGUCCAGUACAGAAUGCACGAUUCAAUAGCCAUGUGGGCAUCUAAGGAGAUGUACCAUGGAUUGCUCAAAUCCUCUGAUUUGGUUGCUUCACAUCUUCUUGCUGACUCUCCAGUUGUCAAGGCUACUUGGAUAACACGGUGCCCACUGCUCUUACUUGACACCCGGAUGCCAAAUGGAGCCCUAAACAUUGGUUGCAAGGAGCACUUAGAUCCUGCUGGCACAGGCUCGUUUUAUAAUGAAGGAGAAGCAGAUAUAGUCACACAGCAAGUUCUUAAUCUUGUACACUGUGGAGUGUCUCCAAGUACAAUUGUUGUUCAGUCACCCUACAUUGCUCAAGUGCAAUUGUUAAGAGAGAAGCUACAAGAAUAUCCUGGGCUUUGUCCUGUUGAGGUUUCAACCAUAGAUAGCUUUCAGGGUAGGGAGGCAGAUGCAGUGAUCAUAUCAAUGGUUCGCUCGAAUCCACUAGGAGCUGUAGGGUUUCUGGGCGACAGCAGGCGCAUCAAUGUGGCUAUUACGAGAGCACGGAAGCACGUUACUGUGGUUUGUGAUACCUCCACAAUUUGUCACAGCACCUUCCUUGCCAGGCUUCUUCGCCAUAUCAGGCGGUAUGGCCAAGUAAAACACGUUGCCCCUGGUUCCUUGGAUGGGGCUUCUGGCCUCGGCUUCAGUCAACCUACUCUCCCCUCUAUCAGUUAACACUCAGGACAAAUUACAAGCACUCUUCCUUUCAAAAAAAAAAAAUUACAAGCACUCUAUUGAUUGACGCAAACACCUGAAGGCUUUGUACAUACACAGGAGGAUGAAUACUCAGGAAGAGGAAAACUUCAAUUUCCUGAGUAUCACUAACCUAUUUCUUGCCUGACACAAUGCUCCUAUUCCUGUAAAUACAUUACUGUCGACAAGGAUAGGAUACUCACAGAUUACAGACGUGUACAACACAUUGACAGUUCACAAUUGAGUUCCAGGCUUUUCAUUUAUGAUUAAUUGGAGCAACAUAUCACACUAUUUGUGAAUACAUGGUUGAUAUAUGCACAUGUCUGUUGAUUGUUGAUGAGUAAUUGCAAGCUUUGGUUGAGUUUGGAGACUAACCAUUGUGUGAGUGUGGUGUUUGUGCAACAUGUCUCUUGUCUUAUAGUGUACAAGUGUGGAGCACUGAGACAAUCGACGGUUAUGGAGAAAGUCAAGCAGGUCCGUGCCGAUGGACUCAUAACGAUGAAAGAUGGAUGUGAGGUUUGGACGAGGGACUAAAGGCUGGAAGACUGUCCAUGGUGGCUGACAUUUGGGGACAUGGACAAGCAAGUGUACAUAUGGAGGAGCAGACCGUGUGGACCAAGUCAAGGUGACAGUUAACCAAGUCAAGCGUGGGCGCGAGAACUUGGUGAUCAAGCGGUUGAGGAUGGAUGGUGACACAUGUCGAGAUCAUGGAAGAGGCGUAGCGGAUACACUUCUCCAAGUCAGAUUUAGUGGUGUGGACCUCAAAACCAUUGGUAGACGGUUCGUCGAGUUUGGGCCUCAAAACUCGGAAGAAGUUCAAGGCAGCACGUGUCGUCAUCGGAGAGUUUGCGUCGAAGCGAAACUAUCUUGUGUAGGGCUCGUGGCCUUCGGAUCACAUAUCUUUACCUGGAUCAUUUUACCCCUAGGGUUAAGUGAUUCAGCCAAAAUAUCUAAAGUCAAGUUUAGGAUUAUAUAAUAGCUCUUAAGAGGGGAAGCUGCUCAAACCAGUCCAUCUCUUCCAUUGCUUUUGCCUUAGCAUCUAGGACUUUAUGUUAGUGUAAGUUAGUUUUCCAGCACUUGUGAGAGAUUCAUAGAUGAAGUGAGUACAUUGUCUGUGUUUUCGGUAAUUUUUUUCUCUGUAAGAACUAGACCUAAUUGAUCUUGGAAAUAAAGCAAUCAUUCCCCUAA